AUGUUCUACUCGGAUCAGAAGUACCACCCCACGCCCUGCCACUUCAUGCUCUCCUUACUGAAAGACCGCGGCAUUCUGCGCCGCAUCUACACGCAGAACAUCGAUGGAUUGGAGCGCGACGCGGGACUGGAGCCGCCCUUGCUCGUCGAAGGCCACGGCACCUCGCGCGAGUGCGCCUGCUUCCACUGUGGGCAGGAGUUCCGCUCCGAUCUGCCGCAGCGCAGCGUGGAUUCGCGGACCGUUCCGUUCUGCCCGUCGUGCGGCGGUCCGAUCAAACCGAAAAUCGUGUUCUUUCAUGAGCAUUUGCCGAGCGUGCUGUACUCGUGCUUCCGAGAAGAUAUGCCCGUGGCGGACUUGCUGAUCGUGAUUGGAUCGUCGCUUCGCGUGUAUCCGAUCGGGUAGGUGCGGAGAAUGGCGGUGAAUCAGAGGAAUCCCAGAGCAUUUGCCGGCGUUCGUUCCGCAGCUGCUGAUUAACAACGAGCUCGUUGGGAAUUUCGGAAAGAAAAUGUGGAAAGAAUGCAAAGAGAGAGUGAGAUGUAGACAUCGGAGCUGCACGUUAAUCGGAGAUUGCCAGAAUCUGGCAUUGGCGCUAAUCAAAUUGUGUGGCUGGGAGACGGAUUAUCUGGACAAGAUCGAUGCGUAUAAGAAGGAAAACGGACUCGAGUCGUUUAUCUGGGAAGAUCAAUACAAUUUCGAAAACAUCGAGGCGAAUUGUUUGAAGUUCGAAGAGACUCUGAAACGAGACGACGUUCAGGAUAGUUCGGAUGAAGAGCCGCUUCGACCCCUUCCGAACUGCUUCUUUAGCGAUGAUGGAAGUGAGCUGGAGACGUACGGAAUGUCGCAAGAGGAUUUAGACAGCAUUGCGGAGUAUUUCGUGACGCAGAUCCGCGAAAUGAGCAUUUUGAAUCACAUCGAAGAGAGCGAGAAUCGAAGCGAACACAUCGUGCUGCGAUGGAAUAACAUUCUGGUAGAGUUGAACGACGUGAAUAGUCGCUGCUUCCGUGAAAUGAUUAAGUGGAAGAAACAAAAGGUAAAUAAAGAUGACAUGAUUU